AUGGUCGUCUCCCGGGAGACCGAGCGGUUACUCGAUCGCGACGCCGUCGACGACGCCCACGCCCGCGCGCUCGGCGCCGUCGCUUCCGCGUCGAACGCGAGCGAUGUGAUUCGCAACACCCAUGGCGGAGCGCACUCGACGAAGAUCGUCGCCGCGCUCGCCCUGGGCGCCCUGGGCGCGCUCGGAUGCCUCGCGGGACGCCAAACGAUGACGAACGACCCCAUCCCGGGCGCGAUGGAGUCCGAGGGCGCUCGCGGACGCGGUGCGAGGGGAGACGGAGCGGGCGAAGGACUCGGCGUCGCCGCCCUGGGCGAACGCGCGCCGAGACGAGCGAUGGAAUCGAGCGACGCGGGGGCGACGAGCGAGGCGGUGGAUUACUCAACGAUGAACCCAGCGGAACGUCGCGCGGCGGUGCUCAGAGAUUUGAACGGGAAGCGCGAGGGCGAGGGGUUACCGACGUUUCUGCACGUGCCCAAGACGGGCGGGACGAUGAUCGAGUCCGCGCUCGGAUCGUUGGGAAUCGCCGUUGGAUUCUGUCACAAGCGCCCGUACGAGUUCAGGAGCGCGUUCGUUGGGUUCGAACCGUGGCACACGCCGCCGCGUGGGGUGGUUCCGGACUCGUGGGCGAUCUUGCGCGACCCGUACACGCGGGCGCAGAGCGAUUUUCUUUGGAGGACGAGUUGGGAAGAUAAGGACACGUUCGCGGCGUUGAGAACGGGGUACGAUCCAGAGAACUGCGUCGCGUUCGAGCAACACGUGGCGAGACAAAUAGCGGGGGCGACGAAGUCAGAGCUUCGAAAGUGUUACCAGCGGCGGCAAUACGCCGUCGAGGGCAUGAACGAGUGCGACGAAACGUUCAAAGGCGUCGGCAUGGGGGUCAACUCGCAUUGGCUACCUCAGUCCGUCAUGGCGGCGUCGGCGGCGAGAUUGUUCAAGUUCGAAGAUUGCCUAGACUUGACGGAAAAGACGGGCACGUGCACCAAGCCGCGCGCCGGGGGCAAACAGGACAACCUCGUCAAAUUUCUCCGCGAACGGUACCAUCCCGCCGUCUCGCUCGAGGGUCACAUCAACGAGUGGAAUCCGGUGAUCGGCAAGCCCGAUCUCGAGCCGUGUUGGGCGCACAUGUCUCCCAAAGUCUUGAAUGACUUCAACGAGCUGUACGCGCACGACUUCAACGCCUUCGGGUACGCGACGAAGACGUCGCGCGCGAACGAAACCACCCUCGCGCUCGGUCUCGAGCGCUUCCCCGCCCGCCCCACGAGCGUCGACCGCGCGUCGACGCUCGGUGAGAUCGAGCGCUCGCUCCCGGACGGUCGCGUCGCGCAGCAAAACGUCUCUCCGGCGUGUUGA